AUAAGGACGAAAGUGUUUCCUAAUUGAGUGAAUAGAAUUAAAAAGAUCUGGAUUAGGCAGGAUAUUGAUUUUUCUCUACUGAUUUUUCCACACUUCUUGAGAAUUCCUCAUAAAUCCAGCCUUGUUCCCAGUUUUCAGCAUGCGCAGUCAAAAGGUCACUCUCUGGAGGAAUUUGGAGGAAGAUCGUUCUUCUUCAGUUUAUUUUUAUAUAUUUACAAAAUUUACAUCCUAUUUUUCAUCGAAAACUCUUGAAACUGCGACAAAGGAAACAACAUUAUGAAGUGGUGGGAAACAUAUCCUUAAACUGCCACAUCUUCGUUGAAAGAGGGAUAAAAAUACGCCCUCUUCGCAGUUAAACUUUGCGACUUAAACUUUGACAAGUUAUCUUUAAAGUCAACCAAAAACUUCCUGUCAUCAUGAUAGCUGGAUUGCAUUACGUUCUCUACCUUCUUGCGGGGAUCUUCAGACGUAUCCUCCCUGGACAAACUACUGUCAAGACCUUGGACAAUGAAGAAAGCUGCGGAAGUUGUGAAAAUGCAGACAGACGUCUUAAUAACAUGGAAAAUUCAUCUGGUAAAGAGAAGGCUUUACGAGGUCAACCGUCCAUGGUGAAUGUCACUGGGUUUGGACAGAGUAUCGCAGUGCUCACGAGCGGUGGGGAUGCACAAGGGAUGAAUCCUGCCAUUAGAGCUGUUGUCCGUAUGGGUCUUUACGCUGGAGCAAAGGUCUUUGCAAUAUGGGAGGGAUACGAAGGUAUGCUCAGUGGUGGUGAUUGCAUCAAAGAACUAUCAUGGCAAGCUGUUUCAGGAAUCAUAGGAAAGGGGGGUACAAUUAUAGGAAGUGCUCGCUCAAAAGAAUUUCGCACCCAGGAGGGACGAAAGAAGGCUGCUUACAAUUUAAUCAGCAGAGGAAUUUCAAACCUGAUAGUGAUUGGAGGUGAUGGCAGUUUAACAGGCGCCAACAUAUUUAGGCAAGAGUGGAAAGAUUUUGUGCAAGAACUGUUAGAAGAGGGAAAGAUCAAGCAGAGUGAUGCUGACGCUUGUGGCUAUCUUAACAUUGUCGGAAUGGUCGGCUCCAUUGACAAUGACUUUUGUGGCACAGACAUGACCAUAGGUGCUGACUCAGCAUUACACCGGAUCAUUGAUGCUGUGGAUACAAUCAGCACUACAGCCUCAAGUCAUCAAAGAGCGUUUGUUUUGGAAGUAAUGGGGCGACAUUGUGGAUAUUUAGCAUUGAUAAGUGGGCUCGGAGCCGGCGCUGAUUGGGUUUUUAUUCCUGAAGAUCCUGUGCAGGAUGGCUGGGAAGACGAGUUUUGUAAUUUCCUAAAAGGGACGCGAGAGGCGGGAAAAAGACUGAACAUUGUUAUUGUGGCUGAAGGAGCAAGAGACAUUCAUGGCACAGAAAUCACCGCAAAUCAAGUUACAAAGUUAAUAAAAGAUCGUUUGCAGUACGACACGCGUACGACAGUCCUCGGUCACGUGCAACGGGGUGGAGUCCCGUCUGCUUUCGAUAGAGUCUUGGCGUCACGUAUGGGCGCUGAAGCAGCUCUUGCCGUUCUUGAUGCUGAUGAAGACUCUCCUCCUUCCGUGAUUUGUAUCGAUGGAAACCAAAUUGUGAAGAAACCUCUCAUGGAGUGUGUUGAAAGGACGUUGAGUAUUCAAAAAACUGUUAACGAGAAGAAAUUCAAUGAUGCUGUCGUCCUUCGAGGCAGAUCGUUUAAGAAUACGUUGGACGUGUUUCGUAAAUUGCGACUUGUCGCUCCCCCGGCUGAAGGCAAUUGUUCAUCGACUGGAAAGUGCAAGGGAUUCACGUUGGGUUUGAUUAAUGUCGGUGCGCCUGCUGGUGGUAUGAACUCCGCUAGUCGUGCUGCUGUCAGGCUCGCGGAGUAUGGAGGUCACACAGUACUUGGUAUAAAGGAUGGAUUUGAUGGACUUAUCGCAGACAAAGUGAAAGAAAUAUCUUGGCAAGACGUGAACGAUUGGGAUAGCGUCGGUGGAUCGAGAAUUGGUACCAAAAGGACACUUCCGAGCAAGUUGGGAAUUGAGAAUGUCGCUCAGAAAUUUAAACAACACAAUAUACAAGGCCUUAUAAUUAUUGGAGGAUUCGAGGCGUAUCAAAGUGGUAUUGAGCUCUCAGAUAAUCGCGAGCGAUUCCAAGCAUUUCGUGUUCCUAUUGUUGUGAUACCAGCCACGAUCAGUAAUAAUGUUCCUGGGACUGAGUUUAGUUUGGGCGCUGAUACAGCUCUUAAUGUCAUAGUAGAGUCUGUAGACCAACUGAAGCAGUCCGCGAGCAGCGCAACCAAACGUGUUUUUGUCGUUGAGACGAUGGGUGGAUACUGUGGUUACCUAGCAACACUUGGUGCCCUAGCGAGUGGUGCUGACGCAGCAUAUAUCUACGAAGAGCCUAGUUCCAUUGAGCCCAUCAUGGAUGACUGCAAACAUUUGAUCAAUAAAAUCAAAUACUCGGGGGUUGAGCGUGGCAUUAUUCUACGCAACGAGAAGAGCAGCGAAUAUUAUGAUACAGAUUUUCUGACGUCGUUGUAUCAAGCAGAGAGUAAGAAAGUAUUUACAGCAAGAAAUUGUGUGCUGGGUCAUAUACAACAGGGUGGUGCUCCUUCGCCGUUUGAUCGAAUCCUUGGUGUUCGUUUUGCAAUCCUUGCUGUUGGGUUUAUAAUCGAAAAGAUCGAAGAAAAUAUCACCGAGGCAGACAUCGUAGAUUCCACAGCAGCGAAUACUGCCUGUCUUGUUGGUUUGCAGAAAAAACAAAAUGUCUUCACCCCUUUGAGCGAAUUAAAGAGUGUCACUGAUUUCCCGCAUCGCCUUCCAAAGCAUCAAUGGUGGUUGCAUCUACAGCAGUUGUUGAGAAUCAUGGCGAAGCACCAGCACAUCUAUGAACGUGAAGCUGAAGAUGAACUUUGAUGCAUUUCAAGUGGAAACGGUGAAGUAUGCCGACGUGAAAGUGGAAGAUGCAUGUCCUGAUAUCUGGUGGGUUAUAAUAUAUACUCUGUGUUUGUGUGUCUAUCAGGAGCCAGUGUGAGCAUUUUUAAGUGAUACACGAUUGUUGUAAUUGCGGAAUUGCUAUAAAAUAUCGCGAUAUGCUUCACCCACUGAUAUAAAUAUACCUGGAUGGCGCUGACAUCAAAGCAAUGUUGAAGGCGUGAGGAUUAGUGGAUUUAAAAGUUUGCAGCGUUUAACUAUGGCUUUUUUAUGCAGUAACAUAAAGUAUAUAGUUGAAACGAUAUACAAAAUUAUAUAUUGUUGGAACCAAAGGUGAAAACUGCUUUGACUGUCGAAACGUCAGUCACCAACCAUUCAAUAUCCCCUCCAGGGCAUUACCACCCUCGAAAAAAUCAACCAUGACAAACAUGGUGACGGAGUGACAGUGAGUUUCGUGUUGUUGGAAAACCACGGGUGUUGUUAGUUAUCAGCAAAGUUUUCGGUCUGUUUACCCGGGACUUCAUAAGUGUAAUUCACGGGUCACCGGAAGCUUUGCAGAUAACGUGGUGUUAUUCGUGGUGUUCCUAGAAAUUGAUGAUUUAAUUAAAUAUGGUUAAAUCGCUAUGCAACAUGACAAGGAUAUUAGAAUUUUUGAAUCUAGGAAACUAGAUUCGCAAACGUAUGAUGAUGAACCAAAUUCGCUACAUCCUGUUGAUUCAACAGGUUUGAGUGAUGCGCGCUGUUCAUAUAUGUUUAUUCCUGUCUGUGGUCGCGU